CAGCGUAGUCCCCUAGGCAACACAGGGUGGUUUGAUCCGGUCCUCUGCAUCGCCCCCACCCCCUUCUGAUAGGCAGCGUAGUCGUGCUUGAAGGGCCCGCCUUCAGGUCACGUGGGUGCCUUUACCCGCGAGAGGUUUGUACUUGGAAGCGGGGGUUUGGGGCUGCAGCUUUGUCCUUCGGGUCUGCGUCGCCACCCUAUCCUACCAGCGCCCCAGCCCCACAUUGCAUCUGCCGCCGGAGGUCCCCACCAUGGCUCCUAUCGGAAGAAAGCGGAAGGCCGCGCCGGCAGAGACUGUGGACAAGCGCGAGAAACUGGCGGAGGGCCCGGCGGUGGUCAUUGAGCACUGCACGAGCUGACGCGUCUACGGGCGCCACGCUGCUGCCCUGAGCCAGGCUCUGCAGCUGGAGGCCCCAGAGCUGCCUGUGCAGGUGAACCCCUCCAAGCCGCGGAGGGGCAGCUUCGAGGUGACGCUGCUGCGCGCGGACAACAGCCGUGCUGAACUCUGGACCGGUAUAAAGAAGGGCCCGCCACGAAAGCUCAAAUUUCCUGAGCCUCAAGAGGUGGUUAAAGAAUUGAAGAAGUACCUUUCCUAAGAUCGUUGUGCAGGGAGCCCCCAUGCUGAGCUUUUGGUUCCUGUCCUGGAACUAGCUCUUGUAGACCAGGCUGGCCUCGAACUCAGAGAUCCGCCUGCCUCACCCGCCUGUGCAGGGAUUAAAGGCGUGCCGCCACCACUGCCCGGCAGGUGACUAUUUUAAUUCCAUGACUCUUGCAAAUGUUACUGGUUCGACAGUGUGACGUGUCAGUUUCUGUAGUUAAGGUCUCUCCAGAAUCUUUGCUGUUACUUAGCUUUACAUGCACUUUUUCUGGUUUUUGUAAUAGUCUGUGUGAUAAGGUAGCAUUCCCCCCCCACACUCCCUUAUUAGCUAUGUGGACUUAUUUUGUCCCUAGUGCUUCAUACUGUGCUUUGGCAUGUUUUCUGCACUUGAAUGUUGGGUGCACUCUGGAUUUGGGGUUUUUGUGUGGCUAACCAUAGCUGGGACUGUG